AAUUCCAAACAUUUUGGCUAAGUCUGAAAAUUGCUACAGAUAAAGGAGAAAGCCUUGGACCAAUCAAAAGAAUGGUCUGACUGACAGGCCAGCUUCAGAAAACAGCCAAGCCUGAGACACAACAAUCCAGAAUCUUUCCACAACGAGAAGAAAUGAGCACUGAGAUACCAUCCAACCUAAUAAAACACCCAGGGCAGACGAACAUUCCUUUCCUUGAAAAUAUAAGUGAUUUCUCCAUAAAUAUCACCGACUGCACACAGGUUGUGGUGCCAGAGGAAGUUUUUUUUACUGUUGCUGCUGCUGGAAUACUGGAAAAUCUUCUUGUCCUUGUUGCUGUAGUAAGAAACAAGAAUUUGCACUUGCCCAUGUACUUCUUCAUUUGCAGUUUAGCUAUUUCAGACAUGUUGGGCAGCCUGUACAAAACGCUGGAGAACAUCUUUAUCAUCUUGUGCAAAAUGGGGUACCUGACACCUCGUGGAGACUUUGAGAAAAAGCUGGAUGAUGCCAUGGAUUCCAUGUUCAUUCUGUCUUUACUGGGGUCGAUUUUCAGCUUGUUAGCUAUUGCAGCAGACAGAUACGUCACAAUCUUCUAUGCUUUGCGGUACCAUAACAUCAUGACCCAAAGAAGGGCCUUGCUUAUCCUGGCAAUCAUUUGGACAUUUUGUGCUGGCAGCAGCAUUGCCAUUGCCCUCUUCUCCCAUGAAGCAGCCACAGUCAUUCCCUUCACCAUCCUAUUCCCCUUAAUGAUGGUUUUUAUAUUGUGCCUCUAUGUUCACAUGUUCCUCCUGGCUCGAUCCCAUGCCAAAAAGAUCGCUUCACUGCCAACCAGCACAGCCCAUCAGAGAGCUAACAUGAAAGGAGCAAUUACACUGACCAUUUUCCUUGGAGUUUUCCUCUUCUGUUGGGCCCCAUUUGUUCUUCAUAUUCUCCUAGCAAGGUUUUGCCCACACAACCCAUACUGUGCCUGCUACAUGUCCAUUUUCCAUGUGAAUGGGACACUCAUAAUGUGCAAUGCAAUCAUCGACCCAAUGAUUUUUGCAUUCCGAAGCCCAGAAUUACGGAGCACGUUUAAGAAGAUGCUCUGCUGUACCAGAUCAAGCUGGAACUGGUAAACACUUCAAAAAAAUCAAGAUUAAAGAAAAACACCCUAUGGGGUGUUGUGCAACAUGAGUCUGAAGAGUUAAAAAUAC